AUGCCGCCGAAGACAGUCUUGAUCACGGGAUGUGGCCCCAGGGGCAUUGGCCGAGCUCUAGCAACUGAGUUCCAGCUUCGCGGUCAUCGUGUGAUUGCAUCGGGACUCAACGAGUCUCUGCUUGCACCGCUCAAGGAUAUGGGAAUGGAUACGGUGCCCAUGGACGUGACGUUGGAGUCGUCCAUCGAGAACGCCGCAUCCCAAGUCGCCCGACUCGCCGACGGGAAGCUCGACAUCCUGAUCAACAACGCCGGCGUGAUGCACAUCAUGCCCUUCGCCGACACGUCUCUCGCAGAUGUGCGUCGCGUUUUCAACGUCAAUGUUCUAGGCGUAGUCGCUGUGACGCAGGCGUUCUUGCCGCUGCUCAUGGCUGACGUUGCAGCGUCGACUGACGACGGUGCGCAGCGUAGCAUUGUGGCCAACCUGGGCAGCGUGAAUGAGGUCUUCUGCCCGCCGUUUUUCUCAGCGUACAACGCGUCAAAGGCGGCUGUCGAGGCGCUGGGGAGGACCAUGCGCCGCGAGCUGGCGCCGCUGGGCGUCAAGGUUGUCACACUGAAGACGGGCAGUGUACGGUCGGAUCUGUUCGCCAAUGCCACCGGCCCGCUGCGCCUACCAGACGGCAGUCUGUAUGAGCCUGUUAGGGGGUGGGUGGAGGAGCGUGGGAUGUUGGAUAGGGGUGGGUUUGUGGAGGCGGACGAAUAUGCGCGGAAGGUAGUCGAUGAGCUGCUCCGGCCCCGAGUGAGGAGUGUGAUCUGGGCCGGAGGUCUGGCGCUGUUGGCGUGGUUCCUGAGUUGGCUUGGCUGGGAGGACAUGAUGGACGGAGAGAUGAUCAAGGGAAAUGGACUGAUCAAGAUCAAGCGUUCAUGA